UCACUUCCCGGAAACACAAACCUUCAUCCACCAAGAUGGCGACUUUGACUAUGAGCAGACCUACCGUGGCGGGUUUCAGUUUCGAAAACUGUCGAAGAAAUGUGAUUUUGGAAGGUGAAGUCAAUAAUCUGGGAUGCAGCUUGCCUGCUGCUCGAAAAACCGGAACCACCAUCUGUGGUGUGGUCUUCAAGGAUGGAGUUGUCCUCGGCGCUGACACCAGAGCCACUGAAGGCAUGGUAGUGGCUGAUAAAAACUGCUCCAAGAUCCACUAUAUCUCCCCCAACAUUUACUGCUGCGGUGCAGGAACCGCUGCAGACACUGAGAUGACCACUCAGAUCAUCUCGUCCAACCUGGAGCUGCACUCCCUGUCCACAGGCAGGCUGCCACGUGUGGCAACUGCUAACCGCAUGCUCAAGCAGAUGCUUUUCAGGUAUCAGGGCUACAUUGGCGCUGCUCUGGUCCUUGGCGGAGUGGACUGUAAUGGACCUCACCUGUAUAGCAUUUACCCUCAUGGUUCCACUGAUAAGCUGCCCUACGUCACUAUGGGCUCUGGCUCCCUGGCUGCCAUGGCUGUUUUUGAAGAUCGUUACAAGCCAGACCUGGAGGAGGAGGAAGCCAAGCGGUUGGUGCGUGACGCCAUCGCUGCAGGCAUCUUUAACGACUUGGGCUCUGGCAGUAACAUUGACCUCACCGUCAUCACCAAGGGCAACGUGGACUACAUCAGACCACACGAUGAGGCCAACAAGAAGGGGGUCAGAACCGGUGAUUACAAGUACAAAAGAGGAACGACUGCUGUGUUAUCUAAGUGUGUAACCCCGCUGGACCUGGAGGUGGUGGAGGAGUCCAUCCAAACUAUGGACACGUCCUAAAAUGUUUCUUUUUUUUUGUACCUCUCCCCUUUAGAACAUCUGACACACAUUAUGUCCAUGGUCAACAAUAAAGUUUUGAGUUGA